CAGGUCAGCGACCAGGGCGUGGAGGGGGAUGAGGAGCAGAAGAAGUUUUUGUCCUACAAGUAUCCCGCCAUGACCAAGACCCAGGGCGCCUUCACCCUGCACGUGGAGCGUGGCGAGUUCACCGACUCGGAGAUCAUCGUGAUGCUGGGGGAGAACGGUACCGGCAAGACCACCUUCAUCCGCAUGCUGGCCGGCAUGCUCAAGCCCGACGAGGAGCUGGAGGUGGAGCUGGAUGAAUUUGCGGUCAGCUACAAGCCGCAGAAGAUCUCUCCCAAGUUCCCCGGCACGGUGCGUGACCUGCUGCACAAGCGCAUCCGCGACUCGUACCUUCACCCCGGCUUCCAGGCAGACGUCAUGAAGCCGCUGGCCAUUGAGCACCUCAUGGACAACCAGGUCCAGACGCUGUCGGGAGGCGAGCUGCAGCGCGUGGCCAUCACGCUGUGCCUGGGCCAGCCCGCCAACGUCUACCUGAUUGACGAGCCCUCGGCCUACCUUGACUCUGAGCAGCGCAUCCUGGCCGCCAAGGUCAUCAAGCGCUUCAUCAUGCACAGCAAGAAGACGGCGUUCAUCGUGGAGCACGAUUUCAUCAUGGCCGCCUACCUGGCAGACAGGGUCAUCGUGUAUGAGGGACAGCCAUCCAAGGAGGCCACCGCCCGCACGCCGCAGUCGCUGCUCACAGGGAUGAACACCUUCCUGAAGAACCUGGAGAUCACGUUCCGGCGGGACCCCACCAACUACCGGCCCCGCAUCAACAAGAAGGAGUCGACCAAGGACCGGGAGCAGAAGCUGGCGGGAACCUUCUACUACCUCGAGGACUGAGGAGGUGGUGCUGUGGGAGGUACCAUGCUACGGUACCAUGGACAGCACCUGGACAUCGCGCACGCAGCCGCCGCCAGCCCAGCAGGCUGAGCAGGCAGAGGGCUGGGCUGCAGUUGGGCUCGCGCCACGGCCCGGCAGCCCUGGGCGAGGGCUGCCUGGCGGCGAGAAAGCGUGCCUGCCUGGCCAGGCCAGCGCCCGGUAGCAGCAGCAGCCACAGGGCAGCGAUAGACUGCCGCAGGCGACACGUGUGCAGUACACAUUUCAUCUGGCGCAGGCCGCUCACAGCCGCCCGCGCCCAAACUGAUUGUUGGCCGACCUGAGAGCGCUGCUGUGCAUUGCUUACAAGUGAAUCGCUCAUAGAAAAAGGUUGUAAGCUCAUGAUGCAGC